AUGAUCGAUUUUACAAGCUUUGAGGACAUCUUCGGUUCCGAGAAGAAACAUAUCUAUGAUGAUGAUAUGAUUAAUGACAUUCAAUUAAAUCGUAUUUGUCUGGAAAGGUUAUUCAUCGAUAGACUUAUAAUCUUCCUUGGAAUAAAAAAGCCCUCUAAACACUAUCCACCAGAGUCGUAUGACGAUCUUCAAUCCCUCCACAAAGCUAUCAUAGAAUCAGAUAGUGCAGACCAGCACAAACUAUCAGUUCUUUACUACAUCCUUCUUGACUAUGAACAUGCUGCUGAAUCAAAUGUAAUCCCGGAAAUAAUAAAAGAAUUUCCUUUGCCGCCAAAAUAUCAGAUUCUGACAAAGGGACUAUGGUAUAUGGAUCGAAAACAAUUUGAAUGUGCACUGCAAUACAUAGCACAUCCAUCUUUGAAUCCAUCAUUCACGAAUGAAAUAAUGGAAACAUUGGUAAAUUCCUCGGGCGGUGACAUGACUUUGCCACUUGCUUAUUAUCACACAAUUCAACCUCAACUGUCUAAUGAAAAAGGUCUAGAAAUAUUAUUCUCGGCCUUUGCUAAGUCAAGUGUAACAGAAGCAUUCUAUUUUAGCCGGAAACACAAUGAGUGUGCCCAGAGGAAUAUGUUUGAGAUGCUCAUCGCUACCGUGCUAAAUGAUUCUACUAGAAAUAGAAUACCUGUGAGAAGUAUGGAGCUAGUCAACCUUCCUUUUACCUCCCAAGAAACUUCUUGGUUUGAAGAAUACUUAACAGAGGGUGAAGGCAGGGAAUCUGAAAAAGCGGCGGAUAUUCUAAUGAUGAGACUAAUUGCUACUGGAAACUUCUCAGGAUUUCUUUCGCUCCAAGUUAACAGAACGCGAAAAGUAGAUGACUUAGACUGGGAUACCAUAGCUGAUGCAUCCAGAAAAGGACUAGGACCGCGUUAG